UUCCUCUAACGAGUCUGCUGUAAGUUAAAAAAAAAACGUUGUGUAAUCAAGUAGCCGUUUUAACAGAACUAAAAAUAGCUUUUGCUUUACAAACAACUUAUCAUUAACAGACUUCAAACACAAAGAAGCGAAGAGGGUGUUAAUGAGGUUAUGUCGACUUCACUUUAGCUUCUGCUGAGUUAGACAGGACAAAAUCCGAGCCGCUUUCCUGCAGAAGUUGGCCAGUACCUGAUAUAAAAUUAGUGUUUUUUUUUCCCCGAACUCUUAAGGUAUUGAUUUUUGUCCUCUUUGGUGAGCGAGUGCAGAUAACCUUACUCGGCAGCGGGAAACAAGUCUUCAACUUGCCGAUAGUUUUGAGCUACCACAAGGGUUACUGUCUCGUUUAGAUAUGUCUGGACCAGCAAACAGACCUAGUUUUCUUCGACAGCUGCAGGAGGGCCAACUAAAAGCACAGAGAAGUCGUCGUCACACCCUAGCCAACGUGUUACGCUUUGACGUUGAAGAUGGCAACUCCCAAAACAGAGCUCUUUUGGAUGCCACAAGUCCGUCUUCAGGCUUGGUUCUUCAGUCCAUGCCACAACGCAGAGAGUCAUUUCUGUACAGGUCUGACAGCGAAUUCGAGAUGUCCCCCAAGUCAGUGUCACGGCAUUCCUCAAUUGGCAGUGAAUCACAUGGAGAAGACCUGAUUGUUACUCCAUUUGCACAAGUUUUGCAGAGUUUAAGAAAUAUACGGAAUAAUUACAUUCGCAUCACUAAUGUUCCUGCAAAUAAAUCAAGAAGAUCUUCAGGCACUCUUAGUUCACCUUCAACUUCAAAUAAAUUGUCUGGUAAGAUGAAAACUUGA